AUGCCUGAUAUUCUUCGAUUCCAUACCGACUUAAAGCAGAAGAAAAGUAAUGAGCCCUCAUCUAUUUAUUCACUCCUACCACACCUUGUACAGGAACUUCUUCCACGUCUUCCAACUGUUAAAAAUUUCAUUUUCGCCUCUCACUCGUCAGGAGAAUAUAGAAGUGAAGAGUUACAGCCACGUAAUAAUAAUAAGAGAGAGAAAUCUGGCUUCGGCAGUAUGUCAAAGAUCAGUUCUAAAAAAUCAGUACCAAGUGGACAGAAAACCCAAGACGGAACCCCUGGAUCUUUGAUUGAUGCCCAAUGUAGAGGAGAAGAGCAGUCUGGAGAUAGUAUAGGGCUUGGUGUUGCAAGAGCCAGUGAAAACGAAAUUGUCUGGAAUGUUGCCCAAAAGGGCCUCAAACUCUUAAAUCUUGCCAUAGACGAAAGUGCGACGCAAACUGUGGCCAGUACAUGUCUCGCUCGACAGCUCUACCUUAACUCACUUACGUACCUGGUUCAUGCUCUUCCCUCGGAUCUUACACAGGACGAACAGACAACAAUUUGUGCCGCACUACCCGAAAAUAUUAUUACAACUCUAAACCUCAAUCCUUCAAAGAAGCCCAAGAAACCAGCAAUCACCUCUAAGAUUCAGCCAACUUCUCUAUUACGUCGAACCCUCGCCUUUAUAAUCGUACAAUUUUUUUUGUUUGUUCAAGUCAUGCUGCCUUAUGUACAAGUUUUACUAGUAAACAUGUGGAAGUAUGAAAGGGAGAACCAAAUUAUCAUGAAAUUGAUUGGAAACUGUGUCGAGAUAGCAAUGAGUGUUGGGAGGGCCAUGAGAAGAUUUAGCGAUGGCAAGAUUUGUUUAAUUAUAGCAGGUAUUAUUCAAUGGUUUAUGGAAGGUUUAAUUGGUGGCAUCGGAGAGGGGAUUUUUGCUGUUGGAACCAUAGGGAGGGAAAAGCUUAGGGGAGCCAUCAAAGCGCGUGUUAACUGA